UCCAUCGAAAUCGAUUGCUAAGAACAAAAACAAUCAGUAUUUAAGUGUAAUAUGCUGAAAGCUUUGAACAGAAAAUCCUUCCUUACGCUUUAUUUAUCUAUUCUGCGUCCUUGUUUUGUCAUGGCGGAGGCUAAUUUGGCUACGUCUGCAGUAUGCGGCAGUGGCAGUGCCGACGCAGACAAAUACUCAGUGGCUUAUGUGACGGUGCCGAACAAUGAGGUAGCAAAGACCCUGGCUCACGGGCUAGUGAAGCAGAAACUGGCAGCCUGCGUCAACAUCAUCCCUCAAGUUACCUCGGUGUACAUGUGGAAAGGAGAGAUUAAUGAGGAUAGUGAGUUGCUGCUAAUGAUCAAGACAAGGACAUCUCAAGUAGACCAGCUGACAACUUAUGUGCGCUCCAACCACCCGUAUGAGGUGUGUGAAGUUAUAUCCUUACCCAUUAAGAAUGGUAACCCACCGUAUCUCAAGUGGAUUGGGGAGACAGUGCCAGAAACUGAAACUAAGGUCUGUCAGAAGAAAUAAUUAAAUUAGUAUUUAGUAUACUAGUCUUGUAAUAA